AUGCGUGGAAAUGGUAGGAUAACCAUUCAAUGUGGUUGUUGCUACAAUUUUACUAGGGAUAAGCAAGGGAACCACCCGAAGAUCUUAAGACAGGAUGAGGUGGAUCCAUUGCCUCCCACAAUAAAGUGGGAAAUAAAAAGAAUGGUCAAGUGGAGCGUGCUGCCAGUAGACUGCAUUCCAAACAGUUAUAUCAUCAACAUUUAUGAAGAGAGAGACUCUAUUCCCUCACAUAUAGAUCACCAUGAUUUUGUCAGACCUUUCUGCACGGUUUUGUUAAUGAGUAAAAGUGACAUUUUGUUCGAAAAAGAAAUCGACGUUGUGGGAUUGGAUGAGUUCAGAGGAUCAAUUGCAAUUCUGCUGCAGGUGGGUUUGAUACUAAUUUUAAAGGGAAACAAAGCCAAUCUAGUGAAGCAAAACAUUCCUGGAGUUCCACGAUGCAGAGUUUCCAUUACACUUAGAAGGAUGGAUGACAACAAGAUGCUAUAUGAAUUACGACCAGAUCCAGAAUUGGAGGAGAUAUAG